UCAUUUCGAAGUGAAAUUUUGAUACAGAAUUUUUACUUGAAUUUAUCAUCGACAUCGAAUGAAUGAAAGACAGAGACAGAGUGCUGAUAAAUUACCAAUGUGUUCUGAAAUUUCUUUGAAUUUUAAUCCACAUAAAUAAUGACAAUAAUUCAAGUUUUGAUAAACCUUGUACCUGCCACGUCUACCUACUUUAGCAACCGCUGUCCGCUAUCUAUUUUCGUGAUAUCUCUUUCCCUCUCUUACCAUUCCGUUCGCUUUUCUUGAAUCGUGUUUUCUAUUCACAUUCCCGUUAAAAAUUGAAGUUUGAAGUCGUUCAAAGGCAGGUUGACUGGCAGUUCAUAGUGAAUUGUAUUUCCACUCCCUAUAUCUCCAACUCAUUUCUCAGAUUUGUGUCGUAAACCUCUUGUAAAAUGUCGAAAAUAAAGGCUGGACCAGUUGUAGAUGUUCUUGGCGAUGAAAUGACAAGAAUUAUUUGGGAUGCUAUCAAGGAAAAGUUAAUCCUUCCGUUUUUGGAUAUAGAAUUGCAUGUUUAUGAUCUGGGAAUAGAAAAUCGUGAUAAAACUUGUGAUCAAGUCACAAUUGAUUGUGCCGAAGCUAUCAAGAAAUAUAAAGUAGGAAUUAAAUGUGCGACCAUAACUCCUGAUGAGAAGAGAGUGGAAGAAUUCAAUUUACAAAAAAUGUGGAAAUCUCCCAAUGGAACAAUUAGGAAUAUACUUGGUGGAACCGUAUUUCGUGAAGCUAUAAUUUGCAAAAACAUACCAAGAUUAGUUACGGGUUGGAACAAACCAAUAAUUAUUGGACGUCAUGCCCAUGCAGAUCAAUAUAAGGCCACAGAUUUUGUCGUACCUUCUGCAGGAAAGUUAGAAAUGAUUUUCACUCCUGAAGUAGGUGAGCCAAUCAAAUAUGAGGUCAAUACUUACAAAGGACCUGGCGUUGCAAUGGGAAUGUUUAACACAGAUGAAUCAAUCAUUGCAUUUGCACAUUCAUCAUUUCAGUUUGCCUUGGAAAGGGUUUAUCCAUUGUACUUGAGUACUAAAAAUACGAUUUUGAAGCGAUAUGAUGGACGAUUUAAGGAUAUCUUUCAAGAAAUUUAUGAAAAGCAAUACAAAUCAAAGUUUGAAGCAAAAAAUAUUUGGUAUGAACAUAGAUUGAUUGAUGAUAUGGUUGCUUAUGCAAUGAAGUCAGAAGGUGGAUUUGUGUGGGCUUGCAAGAAUUAUGAUGGAGAUGUACAGUCUGAUUCUGUUGCACAAGGUUAUGGAUCUUUAGGACUUAUGACAUCGGUGUUGAUUUGCCCAGAUGGUGAAACUGUAGAAGCUGAGGCAGCACAUGGAACAGUUACUCGUCAUUUCCGUCAGUAUCAGAAGGGCCAAGAAACUUCCACUAAUUCUGUUGCAUCUAUUUUUGCCUGGACUAGAGGAUUGCUUCAUCGUGCCAAGUUAGAUAAGAAUACUGAACUGAAGAAGUUUGCUGAAGCACUGGAGGCUGUUUGUAUUGAAACUAUUGAAGCUGGAUUCAUGACAAAAGAUUUAGCAAUUUGUAUUAAGGGAAUGAACAAUGUCCAAAGGUCCGAUUACCUUGAGACAUUUGAAUUCAUCAAUAAAGUAGCAGAAAACUUGAAGAAAAAGCUUGGUAAGUGACUAUUCAGGAAAAGCCAAUUAUAAACAAGAAUGAAUAAUUCUUAUACUUGAUUUUAUAUUAUUAUACUUCAGUGGUAUAUUUUAUAUUUGUUUUCUCAAGUAAUUGUUUUAUUAUAUGUAUUUUUAUUUAAAUAAAUAAAUGUUUAUUGUA